UAUACCUGGGCUCAUCCCGCACGACAAUACAUGUUAUUUCAUUUUUACAUCUGUGUUUUGUUUUGAUUUAUUUCAUAUUCAGAUUGCGUAUUUUUAUUCAAGUGCACUGCUUUUAGUUUUGAUACUUUAUCAACUGGAAAAUGUUAGAUCUACGGGCAGCCAUACUGGUCUUAGUUCUCGGCUAUGCGUCCGCGCAGAGUCCUGGCUGUGACUAUUACCAAGUUGUGCAACCCGGACAGACAUACUACGCAUACAGCCCCAACUACCCUAACAACUAUACCGGAACGAUAAGUUGUCGCUGGAUAGGAUCAUGCCCGCCUGGAUAUAACUGCAAACUUGAAUGUACCGAAGUCUACAUACCUUAUACCCAAGGGUGCACUACUGACCGUCUGUUGAUCUCAAAGACCGGCGAUCCAUUGCUAGCAGCCGCGCAGACGUACUGCGGAAAUGGUCAGAUCACCGUCGUUUCCGACCUGCAACAGAUAAGUCUCGGCUUGAUGGCGACCAACAGCAGAGGGGGCAGGUUCUUUUGCCGACUAACAGCUGUGCCUGCUUCUGUUGUUGACAACUGCAGAUGUGGAUAUAAAAAAACGAAUCGUAUAGUUGGCGGCCAAGAGACAGGGGUCAACGAGUUUCCGAUGAUGGUAGCUCUGGCAGACAGAAGCAUCAGUGAGGUCAAAUGCGGCGGAGUGAUCAUCGACAAACGAUGGGUGAUGACGGCAGCCCAUUGCCUCGUUACACAGACUAUAAAUAAUAUAGCUGUUAUUGUAGGCGAGCAUGAUACUUCUACAGGAUCCGAUACCAAUGCAGUGCAAGGCUUUGCUCCCAAGAGGUUUAUCAUUCAUCCAAACUUCAAUCAAAACAACUAUGACAACGACAUCGCUUUGAUUGAGCUGAACAGCGACAUAAUGUUCAACGACAGAGUAGGGCCGGUUUGCUUGCCAUUUAAAUUCGCCACUGCGGACUUCUCCAACACGAAAUUUACUGCUUUAGGUAUGGAAGGAUUCCCUGCAAACUGUCGUGAGCCUAACUUCCCUCCACCCCUUGACUAUAGGCACAAAAGCAAUUUCAAAACUGCACGUGAACAGAACGAAGUUGUUGCUUUAUUCUGGGUUAAAGCCCACGCGAGGUUGGAGGAAAACGAAUUGGCUGACGCAAGCCAGCAGGUCAAGGACGUUCCCCAAAAGUCAAAACAGAUGCCUAGCUAUUAG